CCCCAUAUUUCAAAUUAUCAACCAAUUGUUCAAUCCAAUUACUUAAUUAUUCACUUCUUUAUUCAUUUUUUGAUUUCCAUCAUUGUCUUUCAAAAAUGUUAACUUCGUUCCGUAAUACCGUUAAGGUAAAUUCCAUAAUACCAAAAAGAUUCUUAUCUUCAUCUUCGAUUAGAUCUCAAACCAUUGGGGAUAUUAAAGGUAAAGAUUUCAAUGCUGCCAAAUAUACCAGUCAAAAAUAUCAUGUCAUUGAUCAUGAAUAUGAUUGUAUUGUCGUUGGUGCUGGUGGGGCUGGAUUAAGAGCUGCUUUUGGGUUAGCUGAAGCAGGUUUUAAAACGGCUUGUAUUUCAAAAUUAUUUCCAACCAGAUCUCAUACUGUCGCUGCUCAAGGUGGUAUUAAUGCUGCUUUAGGUAACAUGCAUAAAGAUGAUUGGCAUUGGCAUUUUUAUGAUACCGUUAAAGGUUCAGAUUGGUUAGGUGAUCAAGAUGCUAUUCAUUAUAUGACUAAAGAAGCUCCUCAAUCUAUUUAUGAAUUAGAAAAUUAUGGGGUUCCAUUCUCCAGAAAUGAAGAAGGUAGAAUUUAUCAAAGAGCCUUUGGUGGUCAAUCUAAAGAUUAUGGUAAAGGUGGUCAAGCUUAUAGAACCUGUGCGGUUGCUGAUAGAACUGGUCAUGCUUUAUUACAUUCUCUUUAUGGUCAAUCUUUAAGACAUGAUACUCAUUUCUUUAUUGAAUUCUUUGCCAUGGAUUUAUUAAUGCAAGAUGGUGCUUGUGUUGGGGUUAUGGCUUAUAAUCAAGAAGAUGGUACUUUACAUAGAUUUAGAGCUCAUAAAACCGUCAUUGCAACUGGUGGUUAUGGUAGAGCUUAUUUCUCAUGUACCUCUGCUCAUACUUGUACUGGUGAUGGUUAUGCCAUGGUUUCAAGAGCUGGUUUACCUUUAGAAGAUUUAGAAUUUGUUCAAUUCCAUCCUUCUGGUAUUUAUGGUUCUGGUUGUCUUAUUACUGAAGGUGCUAGAGGUGAAGGUGGUUUCUUAGUUAAUUCUGAAGGUGAAAGAUUUAUGGAACGUUAUGCUCCUUCUGCUAAAGAUUUAGCUUCAAGAGAUGUGGUUUCAAGAGCCAUUACUAUGGAAAUUAAUGAAGGUAGAGGGGUUGGACCAAAGAAAGAUCAUAUGUUUUUACAAUUAAGUCAUAUUCCUGCUUCUGUAUUAAAAGAAAGAUUACCUGGUAUUUCUGAAACUGCUCAUAUUUUCGCUGGGGUUGAUGUCACUAAAGAACCAAUUCCAAUUUUACCAACUGUUCAUUAUAAUAUGGGUGGUAUUCCAACUAAAUGGAAUGGUGAAGUUGUUAAAAAGAAUGAAAAAGGUGAAGAUGAAGUUGUUCCAGGUUUAUUAGCUUGUGGUGAAGCUGCUUGUGCUUCAGUUCAUGGUGCUAAUAGAUUAGGGGCUAAUUCCUUAUUAGAUUUAGUUAUCUUUGGUAGAGCUGUUUCUCAUACUAUUAGAGAUUCCUUAACUCCAGGAACUCCAUUACCACCAGCUCCAAAAGAUAUUGGUUAUGAAUCAAUUGAAAACUUGGAUAGAUUAAGAACUGCUGAUGGUUCAAAAUCAACUGCUACUAUUAGAGAUGAUAUGCAAGCUACUAUGCAAAAGGGUUGUGCUGUUUUCAGAACUCAAGAAACUUUAGAUCAAUGUGUGGAACAUAUUACUGAAGUUGAUAAAUCUUUUAAAGAUGUUAAAACUACUGAUAGAUCCAUGAUUUGGAAUUCUGAUUUAGUUGAAACUUUAGAAUUGCAAAAUUUAUUAACUUGUGCUACUCAAACUGCCACUUCAGCUGCUGCUAGAAAGGAAUCAAGAGGUGCUCAUGCUAGAGAUGAUUACCCAGAUAGAGAUGAUGUUGAAUGGAGAAAACAUACCUUAUCUUAUCAAAAGGAAUUUUCAGCCCCUGUUACAUUAGAUUACAGAGAUGUGGUUAAAACUACUUUAGAUGAAAAUGAUUGUAAACCAGUUCCACCUGCCAAGCGUGUUUAUUAGGUUUAUUCAGUUAAUUUCCUUCAAAUAUCAUCAUUCUCUUUCUACUCUUUUUAUGAAAUCUCGCAUUCAUGAGGUUAAUUGUCAUUAAGCAAUCAAUCAACUCAUGCACCAAAUCAUUCAUUCGAACAAAUCAUAUCAAACGAAUCAAACAAACAAACAAACAAACAAUAUGAAAAGAAGUACAUACAUACUUCUCUUUUUAUUUCUUUAUUUAUUUAUUUUAUCUAGUAAAUACAAAUAUAUUUAACCAUUAUAUGUUGAUAAUUAUGAUAAUUUGUGUGUAGUCAAUAAUUGUGUCUAUCUAUAAUUGUACCCAAAACAGACAUAAAAAAAAGAAUAGCAAUCCUGAUAAGAAAGGAUUUAACUUUGCGGCUCCUCCCCCCUAAAAAAUAAAAUUUGUAUGGUCCUCCCCGAGAAAUUUUG